AUGAAUCAGACGCUGCCAUUAGUCAAUUCGAAUCUCACAAAAGUUGAGCAGAAUCUGAGUGCAGCAGAAUGGAAUAGUACAGCAAUGCAUUUUCGCCAUCAAGUCUCAACGGAUUUUCGGACACUCGUGGCUUUCUACAACAUAGAACGGGUUUACUAUCCUCUCCUCGCUGUCAUUGGUGUCAUUGAGAACGUGAGACUGGUGAACGGGGACAGUCGGUGUGCAGGGAGAUUGGAGAUUCGCCACCAGCGAAGAUGGGGGACUGUGAAUGGUUAUAACUGGGACCUGAAGGACGCCGCUGUUGUGUGUCGGGAGUUGGGCUGCGGGACGGCGCUCUCAUCACCACGCUGCUCUCACUUUGGAGAAGGUUCGGGUUCCGCUGUAACCAGUAAUGUUCGGUGCAGGGGGACCGAGUCCGCUCUGCAGCAAUGCGAUUCAGAUUCGUGGGCUCACAGAACUUGGUGGUCGCAUUCUAAUGAUGCUGGAGUCAUCUGCUCAGGAAAUGUCAGACCCAGACUCGUCUCAGAAAACAAUCCCUGUGCCGGAAGGCUGGAGAUUAACUCGAAUGGAAAAUGGGGCACAGUUUGCAAAGAUCGGUCCUGGUCGUUAGAAAAUGCCGAAGCUGUUUAUAAGCUGCUGGACUGUGGCUCUGUAGCUGAAAUGCCGCUCACUUCUCACUUUGGACCAGGCUCGGGUCCUGCCAUUGGACCACCUGACUGUGGACACAAGCAGGACGUUGAAGUAAUCUGUUCAGGUCGCAGAAUUCCCCGGCUAGUAGAUGGAGAGUCCCAGUGCUCCGGCAGACUGGAGAUCCUGUACGCUAGGAACUGGGAAACAGUGUGUGACCUUCACUGGGAUUUGAACAAUGCCAAUGUGGUCUGUGCUCAGCUGAACUGUGGAGUCGCCCUGUCCGUGCCGAGAGGAAUUCGUUUCGGAAAUGGCACUGGGCUAAUACGGAGAAAACGCUUGGAAUGUAAAGGCAAUGAGAAAAGUCUGUUGGAUUGUGCUCUUUCUCCAGUAACUCAGCAUGAAUGCACCCACAGGGAUGAUGUCAGUGUGAUCUGUUCCAGUGAACGUUGGCCGCUCAGGUUGACAAAUGGCGGAAGUCGGUGUGAUGGAAGAGUGGAGAUUUACCAGGAUGACAGCUGGUGUCAAUUACAGGACAAUAUGUGGGACCUGAAUGAUGCUAACGUGGUGUGUAGGCAGUUAGGCUGCGGCGUCGCCAUAGCUGCUUCUAACUCUUCAAAAUACGGCGAGGGUGGAACGGCAGUCUGGGCAACUGACGUGCAAUAUCACAUGCAAAUAAGGCUGUCCGGCGCUGGGACCAGAUGUGCUGGCCGACUGGAAAUUUAUUACAACGGUACCUGGGGUUCUGUUUGUGACGACUCCUGGGAUAUGACAGACGCUGAUGUGGUUUGCAAACAGUUGGGUUGUGGAAGAGCCUUGAAUACGACACUUCCUGCUUCUUGUGAACCUAACUCAGGCCCCAUUUGGUUGGACGAGGUGAAAUAUUCCGGGAAAGAAGAAUUUCUCUGGAAAUGUCCCUCAGCGUCGUGGAAUAACCACGACUGUUUUCAUCAGGAGGAUGUGAGCAUUAUGUGUUCAGAGCAUAAAGAGCUGAGGCUGGUGAAUGGUAAGCAUCGCUGCGAGGGAAGAGUGGAAGUGUUCUAUAAUGGGACCUGGGGAACAGUGUGCUCUGAUAAUCUGGAAGACCAUGACGCCCAAGUGAUCUGUAAACAUUUGCAGUGCGGCGACCUCGUUUCCCAAGGCAUUGAGUCUUUCAGACCGGGAUCUGGACAGAUCUGGUUGGAUGAGAUUGAGUGUAAUUUACAAGAGACGACACUUUGGCAGUGCCAGUCAGAACCGUGGGGACAGAACGACUGUAAACACUAUGAAGAUACCGGUGUGACUUGUUCAGAAGCCAACAAAGUGAAUAAGCAGCCGCACAGAUCAAAGGAUUGCAAUCAACAACCAGAAUCGGGAUUACCUUUGCGCCUGGUUGGAGGCAAUAGUAACUGUUCCGGUAUUGUGGAGAUCCUUAACGGGAAGACCUGGGGCACAGUGUGCGAUGACUCCUGGGAUCUGGCCGAUGCGAGUGUUGUCUGCAGACAGCUGACAUGUGGCCCCGCUCUGUUGGCCUCAGGGGGAAUCACUUUUUCCCAGAUUGACCGGGAAAUCUUGCUGGACGAAGUGAAGUGCAAGGGAAGAGAAUCUUUUCUGUCUGACUGUCCUUCCUCACGCUCAGCUCAUCCUGACUGUGACCAUAAGGAAGAUGCCAGUGUGAUCUGUUCUGAACAAGGAGAUAAAAUCAGUUCCAUUCUUGAUGCUGUUUGCAUCGCCCUAGCAGUGCUGGUACUGUGUGAAUUGAUCAUGCUACUGGCUGUAAGACGGAGAAAAUUUACCAGAAAAGGUGCUGUCACCGACGACUGGGAUUCAUCUUCUGUGUUGUACCAAGGAAUUUAUGAAGAGAUUGAUAAUAUUGCAGUGGUCAAGGAUUCAGCUCCGACAGAGGGCUCAGGUCCCUUUACAGGCAAUUAUGAUGAUGUUGAGACUGAAGCUUUGGACACGCGGGACAGUCAUUUGCUGCUGGAUCCUGGUCCCGAUGAUUUUUCCACACUUAGAUUGAGCAGCCGUGAGCUCGCCGCUCUGGGUGAGUUAAUCCUCAGCAAUUGUAAUUUACAAGAGACGACACUUUGGCAGUGCCAGUCAGAACCGUGGGGACAGAACGACUGUAACCACUAUGAAGAUACCGGUGUGACUUGUUCAGAAGCCAACAAAGUGAAUAAGCAGCCGCACAGAUCAAAGGAUUGCAAUCAACAACCAGAAUCGGGAUUACCUUUGCGCCUGGUUGGAGGCAAGAGCAACUGUUCCGGUAUUGUGGAGAUCUUUAACGGGAAGACCUGGGGCACAGUGUGCGAUGACUCCUGGGAUCUGGCCGAUGCCAGUGUUGUCUGCAGACAGCUGACAUGUGGCCCCGCUCUGCUGGCCUCAGGGGGAAUCACUUUUUCCCAGAUUGACCGGGAAAUCUUGCUGGACGAAGUGAAGUGCAAGGGAAGAGAAUCUUUUCUGUCUGACUGUCCUUCCUCACGCUCAGCUCAUCCUGACUGUGACCAGAAGGAAGAUGCCAGUGUGAUCUGCUCUGAGCCCGAUUUUUCACAGACUCCUACACCGUCCACACCUGCAGAACAAGGAGAUAAAAUCAGUUCCAUUCUGGCUGCUGUUUGCAUCGCUCUAGCAGCGCUGUUACUGUGUGAAUUGAUCAUGCUACUGGCUGUAAGACGGAGAAAAUUUACCAGAAAAGGUAAGAUUCAAAUCUUCCCUCUUAACUAGCAAAGGCUGUCAGAUGCUCCUAAUUCUACUCAUGUGCUGAUGAUGCUGUGGACAGUUGGACUUAUUCCGGGCGGAGGGAGAUCAUUUGACCUUAUUAUAAAUCAAGGUGAAUCAAUUUCUGGAAAUGUCUUUUGAUCAGGGCACUUCGGGAGUGAACGAACGGCAACACUGAAGCUGAGAAGUGAUUUAGAGUAUCCUCAUUCACUUCGCCCGUUCCUCCAGCAAUUGGGACACCGGAAAAAGUUACUUUGGACAAUGGGUCAGAAGUUUUCAUUGAGCUGUUUGGCCUCUGCCUUCGGUUAUUUAUUUCUCAGUUACUCUUCAUUCAUCCAUUGGUAUCGAUUCGAAUUCGUCAGUUCACUCCACUUUCGAUCGCAACCAUUUCCAUUGACAUGUCACCACGGAUGUAUCACCGUGAGUGUGCAAAAUAUGGCAUUUCAUAUCGUGACAAGAUACAGCAAAAACAAAUCCAUAACAAGCUGAUGUUAUCCUCUGUUUUCAGCCAUCUUAGGGCAAAAUCUCAUUUCAAAUGAUUUCCAAAUGAAUAUCUGUGUGACAGACUUUGUGUCAUUUCUUUCAAUGCGUGAUCAGAAAAUGUAUGUGAGUAUACGUGUGUUUUUGUCAGUGGGCAUCAAUAUACCAUUGAAUGUUGAUGUGUCAGAGAGUGUGUGAAAGCAUACGAAUGUUUGUAGGUGAGUGUGUGUGACAGCUUGUGUGUCAGUGAACGUACGAAUGUUAAUGUUUGUGUUAGCGACUGCCAGUGUGCCAGUGAGUUUGUC